ACAGCAGUCGUCUUCCUGAAGACCCACAAAACCGCUGGCAGCACGGUGCAGAACAUCCUGUUCCGCUUUGCGGAACGUCACGGCAUUACCGUGGCACUGCCGGGGGGCCUGUGCGGGGACCGGGACCACCAGUUCUGUUACCCGCGCAGGUUCAGCCGCCGGUACGUGCACCCUCUGACCCGGGCUCCGGGCAUCGUGGCUUCCCACCUCCGGCCAGGCCUAUCCGAACUCCGAAGCCUGGCUCCCGCCGGCGCCGCCUUCAUCACCAUCGUCCGUGAGCCUGCCGCCAUGUUCGAGUCCCUCUUCUCCUACUACGGCCAGCACUCGGCGUCCUUCCGGAACGUUCCGGGCCGCUCCAUCGCCGCCUUCCUCCGCAGGCCCGAGGCCUACUACCUCCCGGGGGAGCGCUACGCCAUGUACGCCCGCAACUCCCUGCUCUUUGACCUGGGCGGCGACCCCAACCGUGACCCCGGUGACGAGGCCUACCUGCAGGCCUUCAUCCUGGGCCUGGAGUCCGUCUUCUCCCUGGUCAUGGUGGCCGAGUACUUCGACGAGUCCCUGGUGCUCCUGCGCCGGCUGCUGUCCUGGGACCUGAAGGACAUCACCUACGUGAGGUUGAACGCCCGGAGUGAGGCAUCCCGGUCCCGGUUAGGCCGGGAGCAGGCCGAGCGGGCCCGUCGCUGGAACUGGCUGGACACCCAGCUCUACAGGCACUUCAACGCCAGCCUGUGGGCCAAGCUGAGGGCCCUGGGGCCUGAGUGCCUGGGCCAGGAGCUCACCCUCCUGAGGCAGGCCAACCGCAGGUUGGCCCGUGACUGCUUCGGGCCCGAGGCCGGGCCUGAAGCCUCACCGCCCGCCCGCCAGGCCUCCCAGAUCCGAGACAAGGAGCUGCGGCCUUGGCAGCCCAGCCGCAGCGUCAGCAUCCUGGGCUACGAGCUACCCCAAAACCUCUCCCUGCCCCCUGCCCUGGCCACCUCCUGCCUGCGCCUCAUCACCCCCGAGGUCUCCUACUCCCGCCGUCUCCUCAGGAAGACCACUGACAGGCAUGCCAGUGAGAACUGGGCCCAAGGCCUGAGCUAGGCCUCAGGCCUCUGCGACCCUGUAGAAAACCAUCUGGGAGCAACUCAGUUGAGAAGUCAUCCCUCCAUCCCCGAAUUAAUGCUCUCUCAUGUGACUGGGCCCAGUAUUUAUUGCCCUGCCCCUAAUUGCCCCUUGAGACGGUGUGUUGGAGGGUUGUCCCUUAGGGAGGGAAUCCCAGGAUUCUGACCCAGCCAGACUGAGGGAACGGCGAGA